GGAGCAAUCUCAAUAAUCUCAAAACUAAUUAUCUAGUUGAAUUCCUAGUACUUGAAAUAUUGAUUUAAAAUUAUUUUGAAAUAUCGAUGAAAGCAGAUUCAUCUCUCCCUCUCUACAUCUGUCAAAAAUUAAGAAAAUACGAAAUGAUAGAAUGACGGAGAGGAGAGAAAACUCAAAAUUGUUCUAAAUCUGAAAAUGUGUCAAUACAAUAAGUAAUUAAUUAUGUCUUAUGCAAAAAAUAUUAAAUUUCCAUAGGAUCCUUGACGAAUGCUCGUAAACUUGAUACAAAAUUAAAAUAACCUCCAAACACAUGUACGGUAAAAGUGUAUUGUUUAGUAGCCGAGUAGUUAGCAUAUGUAGCGUUCGCUGUAAGAGUAACAGCACUAAGAAAUUGUUGGAAUUUCUAGCCGAAAUGCCGAAAGCAAAUUCAGCACGAAUUGCUGAGGCGCAACGCCAAAGGCAGCACAUAGCUAAAAAGUCUGAGAAAUACGGUCCCAGUACUGUGUACCUUCAAGUACUUGGCUCCGGUGCUCGGGGAGCUCCUAAUACACUUUAUCUCUUCACUGAUCAGAAACGGUACUUAUUCAACUGUGGAGAGUGCACACAACGUCUAGCCCAUGAACACAAAGUAAAGUUAUCACGACUAGACCACAUCUUCAUCACCAGUAAAACGUGGAAGAACAUUGGAGGGUUACCAGGACUCUCUUUGACGUUGCAAGAUGUUGGGGUACCUAAUAUUACUUUGCAUGGUCCUGAAGGGUUGGAUGAACUGUAUAAUGCUACUAGGAGAUUUGUUAUAAUGAAAGACAUGAAUGUCACAAUGGCAAAUUGUAGUCCCAGUGAGGAUUUUGAAGAUAAUACUAUGAGCGUAAAAUAUGUGUUAUUAGGCCCUCAUGACGAUUUAUUAGUGGGCAAGGAUCUCAAACCUGCAGCAAAGAAACCUAAACUAGAAACAAAUGCGGAAAAAGAAUUUGAAGAAUUCAUUCAUGACGAAACUGAUUAUUAUAAACCAGAAGUUAGAACUGAUGAAAGCAAAACUAGUCGAAAUUCUAAAGCUAAACCCAAAUAUAGUCAUGAUAGAGAUCCAAUGAAGAAGAAGACUGAAAAAGUGUUACAUGAUCUGCAAAAGAAAUCCAAUUGCUCUGUGGCAUAUAUUUGUACUCUGAAGAAACGGCUUGGUUCCUUGGACCUGGCUAAAUGCGUGGAGUUUGGGGUGAAGCCUGGCCCCCUGCUGGGGCAGUUGAAGGCCGGACACGACGUGGUACUGCCCGACGGAACCCUCGUGCUGUCCAAAGACGUGAAGACACCUGACGACCCGGGGCCAGUGUUCAUUGUGCUGGACGUACCAGAAAUAUCAUACCUGAAGGAGGCAGAGUUCUCGAGUCACUUUGACAACGGCUCGAACCCGCCCGAAAAUAUCCCGGCGUUGAUUGUCCACUUCACGCCGCCUGAGGUCUUCCACCAUCCUACGUACCGAUCGUUCAUGUCAAUGUUCGGCGCCACGACCCGCCACUUGAUCCUCAACGUCCAGAACUCUUGUCUUGGCUCGGAAGCAGUUCAUAGGACGCAGCACAAGUUGCACCUCUUGGAUCCGGACAUAUUCCCGCUGUUGAGGGACGCAAGCGUACCCGCGGUAUGGAACACGCAUCCACCGGUGCCGAAGACGAAUAGCCCCGUCAGGAUCAAGGGGUUGGAAGAAUUGAAGAACAAGUUCCAGAAUAUUAUAAACAUGGAGGGGUCGUGCAAGGGCGACGGCGGGCAGCGGGUUAACGAGGGAAUCGACGAGGAACAGAGCAAACUCGAACUUCUAGCUGGGAGGACCCUCACUACCUUCCAGUUGAGGCCUAAGAAACAAUUGGACAGGUCUUUGGAGCCAAAGCUUCAUAUUCAAGAUUACAUUCAAGAGACGAUGGACGUAGACGGGUUCGCCAGUAGCUUAGAACACUUCAGGCGGCAGGUGGAAGGCAUGCGUUACGCCAAAACUGACAGCAAGGAGUACCCCAAGGUGGUGUUCUUGGGCACAGGCUCUUGUAUACCGAGCAAGACUAGGAAUACUAGCGCUAUUGUGGUUCACAUUGAUGACAAUCGCUCCGUAUUAUUGGAUUGUGCCGAAGGUACAUUUGGCCAGAUAGUUCGAUUUUACGGUCCCAAGCGUGCGAGCGCUUUCCUUAGAACGCUGCGAGCAGUUUACGUGUCUCAUUUACACGCAGAUCAUCAUCUCGGUUUGAUUGGUGUAUUACAAGCGAGACGGCAGGCCUUCGCCGAAGUGCAUUCUGAAAAGCCCCCGGAGCCCCUCUAUCUGUUAGCACCUGGGCAGAUUUACACUUGGCUCUCGAUUUAUGACCAACAGUUUGAGAGGAUAAGAGGGGAUUUUACACUAGUACCGAACCAGACUUUGCUCGAAGAUGGAUCGAGUGAAAUGACGUCAGCGGUUCUAGCUAGCAUCGGCGUGCAUCAGAUCCGCACGUGCCUGGUGUCACACUGUCCCAACGCGUUCGGUGUGGCCCUGCAAGUGGACCAACACCACAAGAUCACAUACUCCGGUGAUACUAUACCCUGUGAAGAGCUCGUUAAGAUAGGUCAAGACUCGACGCUACUUAUCCAUGAAGCGACCAUGGAAGACGAGUUAGCAGACGAGGCUCGCACCAAAAUGCACUCCACCACAAGCCAAGCGAUAGACAUCGGCAAACAAAUGAACGCUCGCUACACGCUGCUCACUCACUUCAGCCAGCGGUACGCGCGUCUGCCGCGUCUCAGUCCGCACAUACUGAACGACAACCGCAGCGUCGGCAUCGCCUUCGACAACAUGCAGAUCACAAUGGGCGACUUAGAGCUCCUACCCCACAUGUACGCGCCACUACAACUAAUGUUCGCCGAACAUUGCGUUGAAAUGGAACUGAAAGCGGCCCACCGCGCCAGGAGGAAGGAACGCAGAGCUUCAUCACCACACCUUUCAGCCGAUAAGUUUGGGCGCGGAAGUUUGGAGAGCAGAAAGGUCUCCCCCGGUUGUGUGUCUUCUUCGUCCUCCUCCCCUCCCAGAGCCAAAUACAGGGAGAGCAACGCUUCCAGGUUAAGGCAAGAAAUAAAAGGCAUGACCGUAACCGGGAUAGUAAGACGCCCUAGAAGUAACUCCUCAUCUCCGAACAAAGGUCGUACGCUUCCUAGCACCCCUAAGCAAAACAGCGAGAGCGUCACACCAAAGGCUGCUGAGAUCAAGGCGUGCCCCGUCCAGGUCUCCACGAGACUUCAAAAUAGCAACGUAUCGAAGAGCCGAGGUCGUCCGGAGAACUCCGAAGGAACUUUAGACCCUACCACACCUCGGUCUGUUAGCGAAACAUCUGACAGUAGCAAGGAGCCUCAAGAUAGCGCACGCCCCGUCCACUCUAACCCAUCUGGAUAUGUCGUAGAUACUCGGUCAAAAACGCUCAAUACGGCUUCACGUCAACCAACGAGCGAAGAAACUAUGAAUAAAACAAAAAAAUCAUUAACACAACCUAAUUUACUUCAUUGUACAGGUCCCGGCAGCGGCUACGGCAAGCCAUUGGUAACUUCUUUAAAUAAAAAACUAACGGUUUUGAAAGAGUUGCCCGGCAGUUUAUGUAAUGUGAGAGACACGAAAUCGACACUAAGUCGAGGAAAAUCACCAUGUAGACUGUUUCGAACGGAUUACAAGGAUUCUGUUUCAUCCUUACCAGGAAGGAAAUUAAUGGAUGCGAUAAAAUCCAGAUCUUCUGAUAAAGGGGCCACGGGGAGGUUGGCAUCUUCCAAUACCGUUCCUAAAAUGAAACCUGUGGAAAACUUUGCAUUGAUCAAGAACGCAGUACCGCUAAGACAGACAAAAGUACGGUCGUCUACGUAUAUAAAUAGAGAGAAAAAGUGUAGUCCUACAAGAUCCGAGAAGAUUGAUAAGCAUGAUUUACUGAAAAUUAAUAAUACACCUAAAUGUAUGAAACCACAGUUUCUAAAGGAAAAAAGUUGCAGACCAGACUUCGAUUUAUUUCCAAAUAGCCAUACGAGCAGAACAAAAGCUCCCAAAGAAAUAAAUAAAUCACCAUCAGCAACACCAAAAUCUGACAAGAAGGAAGUAGCACCAGGAGCUAAAUCACCAAAGUGCAAUUCUAGUUGUCGUACACCAAGUGUAGAGAGAAAAAAAGAGAAGCAGUUGUCGGAACCACUUCGUCAGAUUAUAAAUGAAAGGUUGAAACAACAUAAUAUGGAAACACCUAUAUCUUAUAUUGGUAGGCCAAAUUCUGGAAUGUAUAGUAGAAGCUUUAAACCGCAAUUAGAGGACAUUAAAAGUUCUUAUAUGUUGCUUAACAAAAUUCAAGAUCAUACAAACAUUACAAAUGACAAAGAAAAGCAGGACUUCAUAUCAGUACAUAAAGCAAAAGCUCUCAAUGAUGAGUACAGAAGACAGCAACUAAAUAAUAUUAAAAAGAAGUUUCAGAGCAAACAUUUUUUUCAAGAUCAAAAAUAUGACAAAAUAGAGGGCCUCAACUGGAUCACGUGGAAAUAAAGUGUAUUUAUUUAUUUAUAUCAUGUUUAUUUAUAAAUUUAUAGUGAUAGUUACACAAUAGCAGUGGUGUCUAAUGUUAAAGUUUACGAGCAUAAUGGAUCAAUUAAAAAAAUUGAAAAAUAGUUUUGCUUUUAUUUGGAGCUAGACCCUUUGUCAUCUUUAUCCUUUUGGUCUUUGUCAUCCUUUUCAUCUUUGUCUUUCUUAAUGGUAGACAUGGCAUUGCGGAUAGCUUCACUCUGGGGAUCUACACCAGGAAGACUUUCAAGAACGCUUUGUAGAAAAGCAUCAUUCAUAACCUCAGCAUAUUCUUCAGACACAUCCAUAUUUUCCUCAGCAGCAGGAGCUUCCUGUUGCAUACUCAUCUCCAUUGCCAAAGCUAUUUGUUCUUCCUCAGAUAGCUCCAUUGCUUCUCGUCCAAGGGACAUAGCCAGAGCUCUUUCCAUACCACUGUCCUGGGCCUCUGCUGGUUUUCCAGUUUCACCUUCAGUAUUACCUUGUUGCCGACGUGAUUCCUCUUCUUGACGCUGUCUCUGCUCUUCCAUGGAUACACGAAGAGCGAGAGCUAGCUCUGGAUCCUCAUUUGGAUCCACUCCAAAUUCAAAUGGUGACAAACCUGAACCAGACGGACCAGCCCCAUCACCUCCGAUGAGGGGACUUGAAAUUAAUGCUUCGGAGAGUACAACACAUCCACCAGCUGGCACAGAUACAAGAUGACUGCCACCAGUUGUGUUAUCUUUACCAUUUAAUGUGUUGACAAAUGAAGUUAAAAGAGGAUUAUUAUCAGAGUCUUCUCCGAAGGAGACCACAUCACAGUUCACCUUCUCCUUUUUCAACCUCUUAGCUAGCUUCACUAUUUCCUUUUCAUCAGUGUUGAUAGGUGAACCGACGAAUACCACGAUCCGCAUUUUGUGGUUUUUGCCUUGACGAUGUUUUAAUGCCAAAUGAGCAAUUCUGAUACCAGUUAGCAAGUUAAUAUCGCCGUUUGGUUGAACGCGAUGAAGCUUGGAUAAUAUACGACCGACAUCACUUGUUAAAGUGGCCAGCACUUCCACAUUAGCUAGAGUCAGAAGACCCACGUUAUUUUCUGGAUUUGACCGAGUUUUGGAAUGACAUACCAGGUUCACAGCAUCUUGCUGAGCUUGAAGUCUUGUGGGUAAGAAAUCUCCAUUUCUCAUAUAAUCGCUGUUGUCAACACAAAUCAUAGUACUUUCUAACACCAUUUUUCUUAAUGUUAUUCACGACUUUCUAUGAUAAUAAAGAAAUUUAUCGAAGAAGAAAAGCUGCUCAGCAAUCGAACGAAAUUUGCUGUAUAAUCAUAGACUUCAAAUUUUGACAGUUUUCCUUUUAAAAACAUUUAUAGCCUUAGAUUGCCAUAGAAGAUUAUCAAUAAUUUAACCCUUUUAAUCGAUUUACAAGGAAAUG